AUGGCUCAGGACAAGUGGGUCGUGGAGACGCUGUGUGGGCUCAAGGUGAAGUCAAAGAGGCAGCGGGUGUCUUCAUUGCUACCUGAGCACCAUGAGGCCCUCACCAGGCUGCUCGCCCCCUGUGGAGAGUGGGGUCCCCUGCCUCAGCCUGCGGGCCUGAAGAGAAAGAGGGAGUGGUCAUCAGAGGAGACAGAGGCGGCCGCCCCCCAGGCUCGGGACAAGUGGGUCGUGGAGACACUGUGUGGGCUCAAGAUGAAGCUGAAGAGGCAGCGGGCGUCUUCAGUGCUACCUGAGCACCACGAGGCCUUCACCAGGCUGCUCGAGGAUCCUGUCAUUAAAAGAUUCCUGGACUGGGACAAAAACCUGAGGAUCUCGGACAAGUACCUCCUGUCCAUGGUGAUAGCGUAUUUCAGCCGUGCGGGCCUCUUUCCCUGGCAGUACCAGCGGAUCCACUUCUUCCUGGCCCUCUACCUAGCCCUUGACAUGGAAGAGAAUGACGAGGCCCCUAAACAGGCCAUCUUCCCCUUCCUCUCUGGGGAGAGCAACUGCCCGCAGCGCCCCUGGUUCCACAAACUGCGAUUCCAGUUCUUCUGUUCCAUGGGCUGGAGGGCGCGGGUCACGCGGGAAGAGUGCGAGGAGAUCCAGGCUUUUGACCCAAAGCUCUGGGUGUGGGGGCGAGAUCGUGCCCUCCUUCCUGAGACCACCAAGCCUAAGGAAUAG